CACGCGCGUGAACUACGCGCGCGCCCGGCUCCUCUUCUAACACACUGAGGAGGUGCAGCACUUCGAAACUGGACUCCGCGAGUUGAACUGGUCUUCCAUCCGCUCCGUGUGGAUUAACGAGAAGACGUCAUAGAAGACUCGCAUCCACGGGCAGAGAGAAGAAACAGCAGAUAUGUUCAGAGCAGUGUUUGGACUCAAGAGAGAGGCAGGAGGAAAACGAGGAGAACAAACUAAACAGAGGCACCCAGGUGGUGAGGCGUACGCUCACGGCACCUUGCAGAGGGGCGGCGGCGGUCGUGCCCCCCACCGCCUCCGGGACCACGACUGCGGCGACACUGAAAGACAAGUGAAGCUGAGGAGACUGACCAAAGGGGCGUCCAUUUCUCUGCCCUCCUCCCCUCUUCUCCCCCGCCAGGCCGAUAUAGUUCCCUCCCAGUCGUGCAUCAAGUUCACAGGACGGGUAAGGAAGCUGGAGGAUGUGGAUGGCUCCCCCGACGCGAGAGAACCUCUCGUCUUUGCCUCGUGCCGUGGCAGGACAGACCGCAGAGACCUCCACGUGGAGCCUCAGCUGGGCUCCUCCCUUUCUACCCAGGAACUGAUGACCAGACUAUGCUUCUUAUUGGGAGAAGCAACGCCGGGCACUGCUAGCUCUCCAAUGGAGGACAGGAGGGAAAAGAAGUGUGAUACCUCUGCCCAGGGGGGGAGUCCCAGCUCCACCCUCACCUGCAGCACUGCCUCCCCCUGUUCAGACAGCCCCUGCUCCACCCUGAGCACCAGUGUCGGAGGCAAGCCUUCGCCCCAGCCCCCUGGGCCUCCAUCUGAAAGCUCCACCUCCACCCUGGGGAGCAAGGACAGUGGAAUCAUAGCAACCAUCACUAGUUCUUCUGAGAAUGAGGAGCGCAGCGCCUCCAGUGAGGUUCUGACGAAGGAUGAAGGCCCGGGAGGCGGUGCUGGUGUCAUGGGCUAUGCAUGCGAGGACCGCCACCCCGGGCUGACCAGGGACACUCUGACCCCCCAACCAGAUGAGGCCUUACCUAGAUCGGACUUCAUGGAGCCCAGGACUCCACCAGCGCCAAAAAGACCACUCCCACAGCACCACAUACACAGCACGUCCUUCCUUGUGAUGUCCCGUCCGAAUUCAGUGGCAGCAACCAGCUCCACUCGAUUGGAGGAUCUGAGUUAUCUGGACAACCAAAGGGCCUCUGGACACAGGAGCUCGGUCCGCAAACACAACACAGCUGGACGGAGAUUGGUGCCAUUCAAGCAAGCCGACAUCAUGCUUAAACCGCUGCUGUUUGAAGUCCCCGGCAUCACCGCAGAGACACCUUUUGUCGGCCGGGAUUGGCUCUUCACGCGUCUGGAGGAGGUCCUUAGUCAAACAAGCAGCUGCGAGGGCCGCGGUGCUGUCAUCGUGGGUAACGCAGGAUCCGGCAAGACUGCUAUCGUCUGGCGGCUGGUGACACUCAGCUGUCAGGGCAUGCGCACGCCACAGGGAGGUCCCAGCAUCCCUCACAGCCCCGGUUCCUCCCCUAAAUGUGGGGAAAAGCAGGGGAAAGCAGCUUCCAAGCAGCCUGCUGACUCCCAACCCAACCAGAGUGCUGCUGCAGGAACAAGCGAAAGCACAGCACAGAGAAAGGAGACUGUCAGAUGCCUCGCUGCCAAGGUGGUAGCCUACCAUUUCUGUCAGGCUGACAAUACCUACACCUGCCUGGUGCCAGAGUUUGUGCAUAGUGUCGCAGCCCUGUUGGCCAGAGCGCCGCAGCUCGCCCCGUACAGGGAGCUGCUGGUACAAGAGCCUCAGCUACAAAACACACUCAGCCUGCGAUCCUGCGUUCAAGACCCCAUCGCUGCCUUCCGUAAGGGUAUCUUAGAGCCCAUAGCCAGCCUGCGCAAGGAGCGCAGGCUACCUGAAGAAGACUACAUCAUAUUGGUUGACAGUCUUAAUGAGGCAGAAUUCCAUAAACCAGACUAUGGGGACACCAUCGCCACUUUCAUUACCAAAAUAGUCUCCAAAUUUCCUCUCUGGCUGAAGUUGGUGGUCACAGUCAGGACGGGCCUGGUGGAAAUCACGACUCUCCUUCCCUUCUCUGGCAUCUCUCUGGACAUCUUGCCAGACAGCAGCGAUCUUGGAGCUGACCUAAGUGACUACAUCCAUCACCGGGUCAGCAGCAGUACCCAGGUUGCCUCCAACGUCACCACGCCGACAGGCUCGGCCCCGGAUCAGCUGCUUCUCAGCAAGUUCAGCAGCCACCUGUCAACACGGAGCCACGGCACCAUCCUCUACCUUCAGCUGACCCUGGAUCUGUUCCACAAGGGGCACCUGGCUCUGAAAGGAGGAAACUACCUGGUGGUGCCCGUGUCCCUGUCAGAGGUGUACUUGCUGAUGUGUCGCGUGAGCUUUCCGGAUAAAGAGGCCUUUGAACGGGUGCUUCCGGUGCUUAAUGUGGCACUGGCGUCGCUGCACCCACUGACUGAUGAACAAAUGUUCAGGGCGCUGAAUGCAGGCAGUGUGAGGGGGGAGCUGGAGUGGAAGGACUUCCAGCUGAGAUUAGACAGCCUGGCUGGAUUCAUGGUGAGACGCAGGGAUGGCACACGGAUGCUGUGCCAUCCCUCCUUCAGAGAGUGGCUGGUUUGGAGAGCAGAUGGCGAAAGCAGUGACUUUCUCUGUGAUCCAAGGAGUGGCCACGCUCUCCUGGCCUUCAUGUUCUCCAGACAGGAGGGCAAGUUGAACCGGCAGCAGACGAUGGAACUGGGACACCACAUCCUCAAGGCUCACAUAUUCAAGGGCCUGAGUAAGAAGACAGGUGUGUCCUCCAGCGUUCUUCAGGCAAUGUGGGUGAACUGCAGCACAGACAGUCUGUCCGCUGCACUGGCCUCCCUGAGGAACCUAUACACGCCUAACAUCAAGGUAAGUCGUCUGUUGAUGCUGGGUGGAGCUAGCGUGACCUGGUGUACAGAGGUGGUAGGACAUGCCCCCAUUCUGGCCAUCCACGCACACCUGGGGCAUGUGGAGAUGGUAGCCCUGCUGCUAGAAAUGGGUGCUCCCGUAGAUGGUACCACUGACAGUGGCAUGACGCCCCUCUGUCUGGCCACCACCGCGGGGCACGUCGACAUCGUCAGCCUGCUCAGCAAGAAAGGGGCCAAGGUGGGCCAUGCUGAUAAGAGUAGCCAGUGUGCGCUGGUCCAUGCUGCGCUGAAGGGCCACGCUGAAAUCAUCAACAUCUUACUGGGCCAAGAUUGGGGAGCAGAGAUCCCCAGCGACCCACAGCAGCACCACAGCAAUGAGACAGUGACUGGGAAAGCACAGGCAGCACAGCAGGCGCUUACAGCCGCAGCCAGUGUGGGACACACACAGGUGGUGAAGAGCUUGCUGGACUUGAAAGAUGAACAGCUGGCAGUGCAGAUGGACGCUCACGACUCUCUCUGGGGAGAAACGGUGCUGAGCGCGGCAGCGGGACGAGGGAGGACGGAGGUGUGCGCGUUCCUCCUGGAGCGGGGGGCGGGGCUGCAGAUACCCAACCGCAGGGGGAUGGCCCCGCUGCUGAGCGCCAGCAAACACGGGCACACACAGGUUGUGGAGUUGCUGCUGAAGCAAGAUGCAGACAUCAACGUCAAUGAGAAGCAGGGUCGCACUGCACUGAUGCUGGCGGCCUCCGAGGGCCACGUGAGCACUGCUGAACUCCUGCUGACAAAGGGUGCCUCUCUGUCCUCUGCUGAUCAGGAGGGGCUGACUGCACUUAGCUGGGCUUGUCUGAAGGGCCAGAAAGGUGUGAUGCAGCUUCUGGCCGAGGCAGGCGCAGACCUGAACCAUCCAGACAGACAGGGAAGGACUCCUCUUGACCUCGCUGCCCUCAACGGGGAUGCAGACGCAGUGCAUUGCCUGGUGGAAAACGGAGCGGUGCUGGAGAGAGGCGACAACAACGGUACCAGAGGUUCAGACCGGACGACCGGCUGCCAGAACCCGGCUCUGGUGGCCUCGCUGCUUAAGAAAGGGUCCAAGAUGGGUCACGCGACGUGGGCGAUGGCUUCCUCCAAACCCGACAUUCUCCUCAUUCUGCUGCAGAAGCUGAUGGAGGAGGGGAACAUGCUUUACAAGAAGGGACGAAUGAAGGAGGCAGGCCAGCGUUAUCAGUAUGCCCUGAGGAAGCUGCCCCGUGACGGCCAAGGAGAGGAGCUGAAAGGGCUCAAAGACCUGCGGGUCUCCCUCUAUCUAAACCUUUCCCGCUGCCGCAGGAAAACCAGCGAUUUUGGGAUAGCUGAGGAGUUUGCGACAAAAGCCCUGGAACUCAAACCCAGGUCUUAUGAAGCGUAUUACGCCAGAGCCCGCGCCAAGAGAAGUAGCAGGCAGUUUGCCGCAGCGCUGGCAGACCUCCACGAAGCAGCACGACUCUCCCCGUCCAACCGGGAGAUCCGACGCCUGCUGGUUCGGGUAGAAGAGGAAUGCAAACAUCAUCAGAAGGGAUCCAGCAACGACAUGGCACAGGGUUACAACAGGGAGCCGCACACCCACCACCAUCAGGCCCCAGAGGAGGAGGCAGACGUCUAUUCGCAGGGAAGUCUCGAGAGGCGAGUCCCCGCGGAGCAGACUGAUGCGGAGAAGGAGGAGGAGGGAGAGGAAGGUGAGGAGGCGAGCCUGCAGUGUGGCAAAAGCGCAGAAUUUUGGCCCAUGAAUCCGUACGCUCCAAACAGGACCCUCCCUGGAGGUGCGGCCUUUGGUUUAGCGGACCAGUCGCCAUGUUUCCCUCAAGAGGAAUAUGUGCAGAACCAACUUUUUGUGGACUUGCCCGAGCCUGUUCCUGCGAUCAACAGGCAGACCCAGAACCAGGGCCUCAGCAGGACUCAUCACCACUGCCACUCCCUCCAGUCGGGGAGCAGAGUGGGGGGCAGGCCUCUCUCUCUGUGCGGCCCCUCCAGCCCUCUGCCAGGCAGACAUAGCUCCACCUCCCUGAGGCCUGCGCCGGUGCUCGGUAUUGACAUCGGCCAUGGAUUAGCCAACGAACACUCUGGACACAGUCCCACUGAGCUCUAUCACCCCAUGUCCCCCAUCAGCUCCUCCCCACCUGGGCCUCUCCAGAUGUACCAGCCACGCUCUUCCAGCUUCUCCAGGGGCUCCGACAGACUCUCCACCCACUCUGUGGCUCUGGAUGGCCUGGCACUUGCUCUGGGCUCUGGUAUGGAGGUCAGAAGGGAGGGUGGUGGCGGAGGAGGGGGGACAGCAGGCUCAAGGGGAUCCAGCUCCAGUCAGGCCUCCAGUGGGAACCUGUCGGACGGCGGCAGGCAGCAGGUGCUGGACGCCCCGUGCCCCAUCAAGAGCAGCGGUAGCUUCAAGACAAAGCCGGACCUAAAGCCCCGGCCUUUCAUGGGAGUAAUGGACAAAUCGGUGCGAGUCCAGGGCCAGCAGACCUCUGGCCUGGGCCGGCAGGGAGGGGGGCUGGAGAGUUUCAGUAUGUCAGUAAUGGAGUUCCAGGGUUUGAACAAUGAGUUCAAACGCGCUUCAUUCCAGGAGCAGCUCUCUGGAAGUCAGGCAAACAGCCAGCAGCAAGGUCGGGAGUUUGGAGAGCGGCUCCACCAGCGAGAGGCCAGAGGCACGGCGCACUCCCAGCUACGCUUCCCCGACGGGAGGCACAGACAGACGAGCUUAACGAGAGACAACCCCGCUCUGCAUAUGGCUCCCAUCAAACCCAAGCGCUCAUUUAUAGAGUCCAACGUCUGAUUAUCAAAGUACAGAUACAGGCUGUUUUCAACAAACUAUGUCCCAAAUAAGGUAGCAAGGGAGCCUGCUUUGAGAACAGCUCCCUUCCCUGAGCCUGUUUUGUAGAGUUAAGCUGCUGCACUGCAUUUACAAUCUAGAACCAGUGUUCAACUCAGGCUACUAUGCUUUUGCUUACAUGUCUACAGCUACACUAGUGUAUUCAAGAAAACCAGACAUACCUUAAGUAGGGAUACAAAAAUAAAAAAAAAGUAGUUUAUUAUCUCAACUUUUAAUUUAUUAUAACAAAUAUAAAAGUCAGAGAA